CUCUUUCCAGUAAGUGAUGGACUGAAAAUGCGACCGCAGUACGAUGGCGUGGUGCACUGCAUGAAGACCAUCUGGAAGCUGGAAGGGAUUAGAGGACUCUAUCAGGGUGUGACCCCCAACAUCUGGGGGGCCGGGGCAUCGUGGGGCCUGUACUUCCUCUUUUAUAAUGCUAUUAAAGCGUACACACGGGAGGGACGGCAAACAGAGCUGAGUGCUGGUGAACACCUGGUGUCUGCAGCGGAGGCAGGCAUGCUGACGCUUUGCCUCACCAACCCAGUCUGGGUGACAAAGACCCGGCUGGUGCUGCAGUACAAUGCAGACCCUUCACGGAAGCACUACAAGGGAAUGAUGGACGCCCUCGUGAAAAUAUACCGUCACGAGGGUAUCCCGGGACUAUACAGGGGUUUCGUGCCGGGGCUGGUGGGGACUUCCCAUGCUGCACUGCAGUUCAUGACUUAUGAGGGGCUAAAAAGAGAGCGGAACAAAUAUAAGAAUAUGCCGACUGAAUCCCUGCUGUCUCCAUUGGAAUACAUCACCAUGGCAGCCAUUUCCAAAAUAUUUGCUGUAGCAGUGACCUACCCGUACCAGGUGGUGCGCGCUCGCCUGCAGGACCAGCACAACAACUACAGCGGCAUCGUGGACGUCAUCCGGAGGACGUGGAGCAAUGAGGGGAUCGAGGGCUUUUACAAAGGCAUGGUCCCGAACCUGGUGCGAGUCAUUCCAGCGUGCUGCAUUACCUUUUUGGUGUUCGAAAAUGUGUCACGCUUACUUUUGGGCGAGUAUCACUAAAGCUUCAGCUGCUAUAUUUGCUGAGCAAUGCGAGAGAAUGAACCCACUCAGCAGAUCUCGGCGAGCCGCGCUGCUCAUGCUCAGGAAAUGAUGUCAGGCUGCAGGAUAAUAGCACACAGGCCUGGAGAAGCCGAUACUUUACUGGAGGCCAGGAGCAUAUUUUAACCAGAUGUGUGUAGAUGACACGAAAGAAGAAAUAUGAAAGGAAGUAGCAACUGAGAGGCUGUUGUGUUUGGUUUGUAUAUACAAAUGUGCUGUUGUCAAGAAGAGCUGAUGUAUGUAUAAGCCAUUUUUACACGUCUAAUAAAAGAAUAUAUGUAA